AUUAAAGAAAGUAGGAGGGAAGAGGGGAGAAUAUAGAAACUUUACAGGCUUCGGUUUGCGAAUUCAAUUCCCAGAUUUGAUUUUGGUGAGAAAUAACGAAAAAGAGAGAGACGCUAACGUCGGGAAGCAAAAAAAUGUAUUGGAAAUUUUCAUUUCUUCCUUUUCUUCUCCUUCUCUUCACCUUCUCUGCUUCACUUCACGCCCAAUCGCUGAAUACAGACAGAGUUAGUGGGGAUGAAGAAAUCGGGAUAGGGUUUGGGCGCAGAGCUCUGUUGAGUUUCAAAGAGACUCCACAGGGAAGUAACGUGACCUUUGAAUGCUCUCGUUCUGGCCCCUGCGUUGCCUGCCUCUACUCAGAAAAGAAUGAUGAAAAAUAUCGCUGCAGUGAGACUGGUUACCGUAUUCCCCUGAAAUGUGUGGAAAUCAAAGACACUUCAAAAGUUUCCAAUGAGAAAAAAUCACACAAUGGUCGCUCAAUGCUCGACAUAUCUUAUGAGCACAAGGUUGUCCCUGAUGAUGCCAGUAGUCAUGCUUCAUCAACUGCACACAGAAAUCUAAGAGAUGGUUCUGUCUCAUCGACUGAUGGUCCUCAGUCUUACAUCACUUACAGAAGCUGUAUACCAUCAGUUAAUGAAGAAAAGUUGUCUGUGCUUGGUUUUGAGGGCAUUGUGCUAUGUUUGCUGCUUAUAAGUGGUUCGGUUGUCUACUUCAGAAGAAAACGAAGCAUUUCAAUGGCUGGUUUUGCUUCUGGCAGGGUGCAAUCAAAUUCCAGGUUUUAGUUCGCUCCGGAGUCUUUUUUGUUACAAUUGUUCAGGGACGUAAAUGUACUAUCAAACAAAUACUACACAUUGAAGUUAUAGACGAAUCAACAGCUAGGCAUCGGAUGGUUGCAUAUAUACUUAUCUCCCAGUCUCCCUGUUCUAUUUAUUUCAUUUAUUUAGAAACAAAUGUUACUCACAUAGAAUUUGACUGUUUGAAAUUUCAUUGCUUUCUUUUGGUUAUCAAAAUCGGAAAACUACUCGCAUAGAAUAGUAUUGGUCCAUUGGCAAAAUCAGCUUCACUUCAAAGAAUAUAUAUGUAUAACACAAACACAAUAAUAUCAAGCUAUUGCUUCUUUAAGAUUUACAAGGAAAUGGGGACUAUGCCACUUUACUAGAGUUUCUUCUACACGUUAAAGAAGCAACAAAACACAACUAAAACUACAACCAAAAGAAUGACAUUUAAGAUAAUCUGGUUCUCACCCAUGACAAUAGAAGGCUUUUUCAGAGUAAAAAUCUACAAUGACGAACUUACAAUGACACAACCCAUAUAGUAAUCACAAAAAAUAAUCAGGAGUCUUCCGUGUGGUAUCAGGUUCAAUUUGCCGAGGAGCUGGGUCAAAUUGUAGAAAAUUUUGAUCCAUAUUCUCCCCAAUUUCCAGAAUUGCAGCCAUAUUUCCACAUCGAUAACAAUAAUUUGGUGCACUAAAGACAGUCACCACAUUCUUAUCCUACAAAAAUGAGUCAGAUUGAAAAACAUAAGAACAUGCAAUACAAGUAAAAACAACAAGUGGGGUAGACCAUUUGCAAUCAGCUAAACAAUUUAACCUGACACCAGUUGUAUCCUUCCAUGACAAGUUGAUGAGCUCUGGAUAUAAGAGAGAGCCCAUUUGUAUGAUUGAACUGAGCAGCUAUAUCCUGACCAAACGUAUACCCAGCCCCACGUGGAGAUAUUCCCCAUCCACACCGGUCGUCUGGAUCAGACCAUAAGAGAUCACACAUCGGCCCCUCAUGGGGGACC